GGACCUGUCCAUCCAUGCAGAGGACAUGGUCAGCAAGCCUGCCGUAAUGGCGCGGCGGCUUCUGUUUCUGCUGGAGGACCGCAUCCCCGCACACAUGGCGACGACGAGCAAGGUGGUCCAGGCAAGCGGCCGGCCAUCGCGCCUCAUCAGAUACUGGCUGCCUGCCGGUAUCCUUUUGGUCUCCUCGUCCACCAUCCUUCGUAUCCUCGUCAAUCGCAAGGCAGAUAUUGUCAACUGGAUCCGCGACUUCGGCGUGACCGCCCGUGAUUUUUGGCUCAACUGGGUGGUGGAGCCCGUCCGUAAGGUCAUCGGCACCAUCCGGCACGACUCGCAGUCCGAGAUCGCCAUCAUGAGCCGUGACAGCCUCAAGGCCGAUCGCGAGAGCCUGGAGCGCAUGGUCGUCGACUUUGCCGUGGACAAGCCCUCCCUGGCAGGGGCCAGCGCCCCGCUGUCUGAGGCGCAGAUUGUCGACAUCCGCGCUAAGGUUAAGGAGGGCGAUGUCACGCCCGUGCUCAAGGCCUUCGAACAAGACCUCCGCCAGCCCUUUGUCGGCGCCUUGCGGGGUGACUUGGUCCGAAGCCUGCUGAUCCAGGUGCAGAAGACCAAGGUCGACCUCGAGGUUGCCAUCUCGGGUAUCGACGCCCUGCUCAGGUCACAGGAGCUCGUCUUUGGCUUUGUCGGCCUAACGCCCGGCAUCCUCGUCUCGGUCGCGGUCCUCUCCUACCUCCGCGGCAUGCUGUUCAGCAACCGCAGGGGGGCGCAGCGGCACGGCGAGAGGGUGGGUCGGUGUGUGCGGACACUGCGCAGCAUCGAUCGCAUCUUUAGCGAGGCCACACCUAGCCAGAACAAUUUGCUUUCGUACAAGGACCACGGCCUGCUCGUCACGGAGGUGCACAUACUCCGCAACCUGGUCAGUGCGGGACGUCUCAUGCCGAGGGAGAUCGAGAGCGAGUUCCUGGAGGACCUGGAUGAUCUGGCGAAUGUCAAAGGGAUCCAGAUCCAACAGAGAGCUCUGGAGAGGAUUCGUUGGGCCUAUGCUAGAUGGUUGCAGACUAACUAAUUGGAGCCAAAUGGAGGAAGUCUUUAAAAAAGGUCAUGAUGAUAAAGAUGAUGAUCUAUCGCAUCAAGUAUGGCGCAUGGUGUGGUGGUUGUACAACAGAACAGUAAAAUCAGACCCAAGAAUCUUCUGCUUAGAUUAGAUUGGUAUUUACCUGCUACUUACGAUAC